CAUUUUUUUUCUUCUUUUAUUCUUUAAGAUAUUCUCUGCUCUCUCUCUCCCAAUUCCUCGGCGAUUCUUACCUCUACUGCCAUUUUCACCAGCAUAAUCGGCAGAGUUUCGGGAGUGAACUCGGCGGCUCUGACGAUUUUGUUGCGUUAUUCUUUCUCUCUCUGUCACAUCUGGUUCGAAUCUGCAGUCAGGAGAUUGUAGAUUUCAAUUCAUUAUCCGAGUUUUUGGAUCGUUUAGGAGUUUCGGAGAAAGCAGAAAGUUGUAUCUUAUCGAGUUUCGUGAAGAUUAGAAUAACGGCGGGAGAUUCUUCGCAUGUGGUCCGGCAACCUGGCACGGAUUAGUAGAAAGAAAUUUCAACAUCUGAGGUAGAGCUUACGAGCAGACGAACACUUCGAUGGUGAUAGAUGAACACAACUGAUGUUAUUGUUAGCAGAAGGCGGAGGGUUCUUUUCUUCUUCAGCUUCUGGUUAUAGCAGUAGCUUGACCCUUCUUUUCUUGGGUCAGAAGAGCGAAGUUAAACCCAUGAGAGUUUUGCCAUUGUUGUUGGACCGAGAGCCUGACCUUAACGAGCUGGCUUCGACAAAGACGUGGAUUUCCUGGAGGUGUGCCUCCUCCUCCUUACGCUGCUUUCGCCAUAAUCCAGCAGGGCCAAAUUCAUCUAUUUUGAAGAAAGAUAAUCCAGCAGGGCCAAAUUCAUCUAUUUUGAAGAAAGCAGCCAGUACACAACGCCAAGAUAGUUUAAAAACAUCUCCACUUUCUGAUAAUGGCAAGAAUCAAGUUCUUAGUUCAAAUGAUGAGAAUCUUGCAAGCAAAAUGGUGCUUAAAAGUAGCUUGAAAAAAGCACCAGAUGCUACUGUAGUUUCUGUUGGGAAUGCUGAUGGAAAUGAAGCAUUGGGAGGAAAGGGUAGUUGUGAUUCCAGUCAUGUAGAAAGAAGGAAAGUGCAGUGGAUAGAUACUUGUGGAAGCGAGCUUGCUGAAGUCAAAGAAUUUGAACCAAGUGAAAUAAAUGUAUCGGACGAUGAAAAUGAUUUUGGAAAAAGGAGGUGUUUAUGCAGUAUCAUGUAAUUCAAACCCCAUUUUUACCAUUGAUGAUGUGUGCUCUAGAUCCUCAAAAAUCUGCCGACUCGAAUCAGAUCAACUUGUUCGCUCAAGAUUUUUUUUCAUGAUAGAGGAAGCUUUGUCAGCAAUUUUAGACAAAAACAGAAACCAACCAGGAAUUCUGCUGGUUCCCAUGUUCUUCGCGAUGAUCACCUAUCCACGGUAGUGCUGGUUUCAGUAAGUUUCUUUUUUCGCAUGGAUGGAUGAGUUUCACUUUUCAGCACUUUUUGUUGCUUUUUCACUGUAUUUUCCAUAUUUCUUCGUUACUAUUUACUCUAUGAACAAUUUUUUGGGGAUAUUUACUGUUGGGUAUUCAAAAGGAAGCUUUUGAUUAGGCUUUGAUUGGUUGAGAUUAGGAUGAUAUUAAGAUGAACUCUGUUUUGUUGAUUCAAUGCUCUGUUUGUGGAAAUGUUUUUGGGGUUAAAAAUGGAAGAGUGGGCAGCCGAA